AUGAUUAAUUAUCGACAUAUCCAAAAUUCAGACACUCGGCCCGAAUCCUUAAUACAGGAUUAUGCAGUGACAAUUGACUCGGGUCAUCUGAGAAUUCUUCCAGUACUUGAGGGUGCGGGCGGGAAUGAGCCCGACAUGAUGGACUGGAACCUAACCCUAUGGUUGGUGAUCUCUUGCCCAUAUUCGCGACAAUUGGGGACAGUGAAGCUGCUUCCUGCGCACACACCCGUCGAAGUGUUGUAUGCCAAGUGCAGGUCAUUGAAGGAAGCGAACGAAUGGGAUUGUAGCUGA